CGGCACCGAGCCCACCCACGCCUCCAUCACGCCACGCUCUCAGUCACACACACACACACACACACACACACCCACCACUCUCCUACUUGUCCACCUCUCCAGCUCUCUCCGUCGUCUGCGCUCCCUGCCUCCUGGUCAACUCUGCCAUCCACGGGAGAUCGAUCCAUCCAUCCAUCCAUCCAUCGGCCUCGCCAGUCGCCAUGGCGCUCGACGCGGCCAUCGACGUGUCCAGCAGCAAGCCGCCGGUGCCGCCGCCGUCGCCGCCGAGGAUCGACUCGUGGGCGCGCGGCGGGAGGCGGUCCAAGCGCCGCGCCGGGAGCCCCGCCAGCGACGGCGGCAGCGGAGGAGGCGACCACGACCAGUCCGAGCAGGAGUACCUCGCGCUCUGCCUCCUGAUGCUCUCCCGCGGCCUCCGCGGCGACGACGCAACCGACGUCGGGGGCGGCGCGGCGCCUACGGUGGCGAAGACGACCCAGCACCAUCAUCAGCACGGGUACGAGUGCUCCGUGUGCGGCAAGGUGUACCCGUCGUACCAGGCGCUCGGCGGGCACAAGACGAGCCACCGGAAGCCGCCCACGCCGCCUACCCCGCCGCCAGGCGACGAGGCGUCGUCCGGUUCCGGCGGCGCCGCGCACGCGGAGGAGAAGGAGAAGGAGAAGGUGCACCAGUGCUCGCUCUGCCUCCGCACGUUCCCGUCGGGGCAGGCGCUGGGCGGGCACAAGCGGCUGCACUACGAGGGCGGCGUCGGCGACGGUGCCAAGGACAAGGACAAGGACGCGGUCACCAAGGCCAACAAGGCCAGCGCAGCCGCGGCGGCGACGACCGCCGUGCUGCGGGACUUCGACCUCAACCUGCCGGCCGACGGCGCGCCGCCGGAGGCCAAGCGGGCACGGACGACGACGAUGCUGCUCGUGGUCUGAUCCAUCCAUCGGUCGUUCCAACUACGGCGGCGCCGGCGGCGGGGGAGUUGGAUGGCGGUCUAGGUUUUGAUGGUGGUAGAAGUUAUUUGGUUGGUUGGUUGAUUGCUUUGUUAAUUUCGGUUGCGUUGCGUGACGUCGGCUGCGCUUGCUCUCGAUCGAUGUGAUAAGCACAAGCACAGCUGCGUCGGUUCGUUCGUUCGGUGGUAUACUACACCUUUUUCUCUCAGUUCAGACUUUUUCGAGAGGGAGCUGAUUUUCGUGGCUCCGGUGCUAUUCAUCUGUCCAUAUUUUGCGACGCAGAGACGCCGGAUUAAGAACAGAAGAACGGCUGCGAUGUAGCUAUCUAUACAUAGCACUUAAUUACCUGUAAAUCCUGGUGGUCAAAGUCCAGAUAUAUAUACAAUUAUACAUGCAAGGAAACUUCUGCUUGCCUUUUUCAA